AUGCUUUCAGAAGGGGAGCUGAAGAAGUUUGCAGGUGGGCAGUCGCUCUACCGCGUUCUCCAGCCCUGGUGGGAUGUUUUUUGCCACUAUCUCUCUAUCAUGAUGUUUAUGAUCGCCACACUUGGUUGCACCCUGCAGGUCACACUUCGUAGGAUUGUUUGUAUUCCAUGUCAUAACCUCUGUGAAAGGAACUGGGGCCCCAAGGGACCAUUAAUGAACAACAGCAUCACCAAAGCAGACUUCUCGCUUAUCUCUUCAGGUCUUUAUAAGCUCGAUCUACAGCAGUAUGCUUACGUAGACGCCGUGUGCCAUGAGCAACACCUACACUGGUUUGCCAGAUUCUUCCCUUACGUGGUAAUGUUGCAAACGUUAGCCUUGGUUGUUGUGAGCAACUUUUGGUUCAACUACCCUAGUACCAGUUCCAGGCUGGGGCACUUUGUCUCGAUCCUUCACAAGUGCUGUGACUCACCUUGGACCACCAGAGCUCUGUCAGAGACUGUGGCUGAGCAGGGCGGCGCUCAUCCUUCCCAGAGCGCUACUGACCCCGAGGCAAAGUUGUCUGCUACCAGCAAUGAGAAGCGUUUCGGAAUGGAGUUGCUUAGCGUUCUGGGUAAAAAAGAAGGAGAACAGGCAAAGGCCAUAUUUGAGAAGGUGAAAAAGUUAAAGGUUCAUGUGGAAGACAAAGAUAUCAUCUAUCACACCUACAUGAAACAGAUUAUAGUAAAAAUGGCCAUUCUGUCACUCAUUUUAACCUAUGUCCCAUACGCAGCCACAUGUAUUUCAUUUGAGAUUGACUGUAUGGUUGAUUUGCGUGCAUUGAUACCUUAUCAGUCCUUUCACUGUGUACACCCUUUGGCCACCAUUUUUUGGUUUCUCUCCCUGGUCUACACAGCACUGGUAGUUGUUUAUGGCUGUGCUUGCUUUUAUAGUUUCUUGUGGAUGAUCAGAAAUUCUCUAAGGCAGUAUUCAUUUGAUGCACUGCGUGAAGAAAGCAGCUAUAGCGAUAUUCCUGACGUCAAGAACGACUUUGCCUUCAUCCUUCAUCUGCUGGAUCAGUACAAUCCGUUGUUUUCCAAGCGUUUUUCGGUGUUUCUGUCUGAAGUCAGUGAGAAAAAGCUGAGGCAGCUGAAUUUGAACAAUGUUUGGCCCCUGGAGAAGCUCUUGCAGAAGGUGGUACAGAAUGCUCAGGGCCAGGUGGAGCUUCACCUUAUGCUGCUUAGUGGAAUUCCUGAUGCUGUGUUUGAGCUAAGGGACUUGGAGGUUCUGAAAUUACAGCUAAUCCUCGAGCCCAGGUUACCACAGAAGGUAACACAGCUUGGGAGUCUCAAAGAACUUUGGAUUGACCAUUCACCAGCCACAGUAGACAGUAUGGCCUUGGAGUUCCUGUCAGAGAAUCUGAGGAUCCUGAGGUUGAAAUUUACAGGGGGAGGAAAGGCCCCUCGCUGGGUUUUCAGGCUGAAAAACUUAACUGAACUUUACUUGUAUGGAGACCUUCUCUCAGUGGGAAACUCGGAUUUUGUGAACGACUUGCCCAAGCUAAAAAACCUGAAGGUACUUCUUCUGAAGUGCAGCAUCUUUUCCUUGCCUAAGGUGAUUACAAAUUCAAUGUCUUCACUUCAGAAAUUUUACGUGGACAACGAAGGAGCUCAGCUCAAUGCAACACAGAGUUUGAAGAUGAUGUCACAGCUCACUUGUUUGAAGUUGCUGAACUGUGACCUUCAUCGUAUCCCAAGUUCCAUUUUUAGCCUGACUAACUUACAGGAAAUUGAUCUUAGAGGAAACAACCUCAGAACAAUUGAAGAAAUUAUAAGUUUCCAACAUCUUCAAAGACUUUUUACUCUGAAGCUCAAAAACAACAAUAUCAAUUACAUUCCAAUACACAUAGGUGUAUUGGAAACCCUGGAGCAACUUCAUCUUAGCCAUAAUUAUAUCAGUUGUAUACCUGCUCAGCUUUUCUUGUGUAGCAGACUCUGUUAUCUAGAUCUGAGUCAUAAUAAGUUGUGUGUCAUUCCUGAAGGCAUACAAGACCUGAAGAGACUGCAAAUCUUGACCCUUUCUCAGAACAAAAUUGACAGGCUUCCAAAUGGUUUGUUCCAGUGCAAAACCCUUCAAUCUUUGUACUUGGACCACAAUAGUCUGUCCACCCUGCCACCUUUAGUUAGCAGGCUGACUAACCUAAUUGUAUUAGACUUGCGGGGAAACCAGCUGGAAAGCCUUCCAGCAGAGCUAGAGCACUGUCAACACCUGAGACCUGGUGGCCUCCAUGUGGAAGAAGGCCUGCUUAAUUCUCUCCCUUCAAAUGUCAAAGAGAGAUUCCAGAGACCAGAGAAGGAGCACAUAAGCAAGCCUGAGACUGAUGGAACUGCUGAUCAUUCCAACUGUAACCUGAUGAUCUGUAACACUGGCUAUGGGGACACUGGACUGGCCUGUUCUCUGUGA